UUUGGAGGAGACUCGAUGGAAGCAUUCUUUUUCAUGCCAAGCUGACAGGCUUCAAAGUAAACUGGAUGGCUUCUACAGGGAGCCAGGCCUCUGAUAUAGACAAGAUUCUUGGAUACUUCAGUGAUGGCGCACCCCCCACCAAAAAGCCCAGGAAGCUGCUUCCAAGCUUAAAAACUAAGAAGCCGCGGGAACUUGUGCUGGUGAUCGGAACGGGCAUCAGCGCCGCGGUGGCACCGCAGGUUCCAGCCCUGAAGUCCUGGAAGGGCUUAAUUCAGGCCUUGCUGGAUGCCGCCAUUGACUUUGAUCUCCUAGAAGACGAGGAGAGCAGAAAAUUUCAGAAAUGUCUCCAUGAAGACAAAAACCUUGUCCACGUUGCCCAUGACCUUAUCCAGAAACUCUCUCCUGGAACCCCAGAAAGAUUAGAGAUAAUUCUUACCCUUUUUGGGUGA